CGCGGGGUUACGUUUUUAUAGUGCUGUUUGAAUUGAGAAACCAGCCCCUACACCGUUACUCUCUCUCUCUCUCUCUGGGGCUUGUGGUUUUCAUCUCGCGGAAUUACAGAUAAUCAAUUCAACAAGUUUCAAAUUUAGACUUCUCUGCCUUGCUCUUUUCGCUGUUAUUCCUUCUGGUUAUUGAUAGUAUAAAGAGUUUUCCUCUUGUUCGGAUUUUUUUUUUUGGGUGACACGAGAAGCUGCCAUUGUCGAGUAAGUGGUUUUAGCUUGAGAGAAAAAGGAGAGAGGAUGAAAUUUGGAGAGGCAUUCAAGGAGUACCUACAUAGAGAGCAUGAGCAAGAGUGUUUCUUGGACAAGUGCUCUCAUGUUGAGUACAAAAGGCUUAAGAAAGUAUUGAAGAGCUGUAGGAGAUGCAAAUCAUUGCAUGACCGUGGCCAAUCCGGAGAAGGAAGAGGAGACAAGGAGGAUCACCAUUCAGUAUCCGCAAUAUGUCAAUGCCAAUCUUGCCCAUUAUGUGAUCAGAUGUUCUUCACUGAGUUGAUGAAGGAAGCUUCAGAUAUAGCUGGAUGCUUCAGUACCAGAGUCAGACAUCUCCUCCAUCUUCAUGUUGCUACUGGAAUCCAAAGAUAUGUGUUGCGUCUACGUCAGUGCUUUGUAAACGAUCAACAAGUGAUGGUACAAGAAGGUCGGAUGUUGAUAGAGUAUAUAACGAUGAAUGCACUUGCUAUUCGUAAAAUCCUGAAGAAAUACGAUAAGGUUCAUAGUUCUGUGAAUGGGAGAAAUUUCAAGUCUAAGAUGCAGGCAGAACAUAUAGAGUUACUGCAGUCCCCGUGGCUAAUAGAACUGGGGGCAUUUUAUUUAAAUUUUGAUGGACUUGAUGUUGGAGAGUUCAGUGAGUCUUCUGGUAAUUUUUCAGUUGAUCUUAAUGCUGCACGACCUGUGAUGAAGCUGUUCCUUUCAAGCUCUUUUGAGCUAGAAUAUGAUCUCACUUGUGCCAUCUGCUUGGAACUUGUUUUUAAUCCAUAUGCUCUUAACUGCGGCCAUCUCUUCUGCAAAUCAUGCGCGUGCUCAGCUGCAUCUGUGAUGAUAUUUCAAGGGCUUAAAGCUGCAAGGCCUGAUUCAAAGUGUCCGAUCUGUAGAGAGGCUGGAGUAUAUCUUAACGCAGUGCACAUGCUUGAGCUAGAUUUACUGUUGAAAGGAAGGUGCAAAGAAUAUUGGAAGGAGCGGAUGAUUGCGGAACGAACGCAGAUCUUGAGGCAAUCCAAAAUGUUCUGGGAUAUGCAAACCAAAUAUGCCAUUGGGUAUUGAUUAUCCGAUUCUUUUCAUUACGGCAAUCGAAAUUAAUUAGUUUGGAAGAAGGCCGGCGGCUUUUCUGAUCGAAUCUGCUGCUUGAAGAUCUUCUUAUAAAUUAAUAGAAAGAUUGUUUAAAUCCGCUGCUUGAACUUGCAGGAAGUUCAGGAAUACUUGAAUGCAAGAGUGACUGUUGGGAAAUUCUUUUGUUGCAUUAUUAUUGUUAUGUAAGUAGGAGGUGGUAGAACAAAAAUAUUUGUCGUUGGGGGAAUUUUGAAUAGGAAGACUGUAACUUAAAAUUUACAUGGUUUCUUGAUAUAAAUUUUAGAUAGAAGGAGUUUUUGUC